AUUAAGGUUUAGUCACUUCAAUAGUUUUCAAUAGAUGGAUGUUUGUUGGUCCAAUUAUUUUCUAGUUCCAAUCCCGAUGAAGGGAAACGAGUAACUUAGAACAAAAUUUGUCCCCCCCAGUAUAAAGCAUAGUUCAUAGUUGAUGUUGAGGAAAGUUUCUUUUUUGGUUACUCUUUCUAUCAAUCAAUGAAAGAGAAUCGGGUUGUUUCAGUGCCAACCAGAUAAAUGAGUAUAUAAAUUUUGCUCUCUUUCUAUCUUCUUCCUUUUUCUUAAUUUUCAUUUACAGAACUGUUAAGGCAUGUGCGCUAGUUUUAUGAUUGUAACCAAUUUACGGUCUUGCCUCAACUUCAAAAGUUGGGUUAUUUAGCUGGAUAAAUGUACAAAAAAUAUCUCACUUUACUAGAAAAUACUCUUCAUCUCUCUAGCAAAGGAAACGACGCCGUUCUGGUCCUUCCACCAUCUGACCUCGUGGUUAUGGUAAGGCGGCACUAUAUUUCCCGCCAUUCAUUUGAGAUCUACAUUCCCUAAUCAGUCAUCAAUGGCGGACAAGAAGAAACGCCACCGUGCUGGAGCAGAUGAUGAGUCUGAACUACCCUUCAAGAAUCGCCUGAAGCCCGAUUCGGUUAUAAUGGAAUCCCUCAAAUCUUCCUUCGCCGCUGCUGCCGCCUAUUCUUCUGCUUCAUCCUCCAAAACCCCAACUCUGGCGGAUCUAUCGCUCAUGACUUCCUGCCGCGAGGUCAGAGACCUUUCCCUGGGCUCCGUCCAAUUGGCCAUUGAAUCACUGAUUCUCCAACUCACCCACUCCAUUCUCUCCGGCAAUGGAUUCUCCUUCAAUGUCCCCUCACGCGCCUCCUCCAACCAGCUUUACGUCCCCGAGCUCGACCGCAUCGUGCUAAAAGACAAAUCUACUCUUCGUCCCUUCGCCCACAUCUCCUCCGUCCGUAAGUCUACGAUCACCGCCAGGAUCCUCUCCCUCGUCCACCAGCUUUGUCUCAAGAGCAUCCAUGUAACCAAGAGAGACCUCUUCUACACUGACGUCAAGCUCUUCCAGGACCAGACUCAAUCCGACGCCGUUCUCGACGACGUCUCUUGUAUGCUGGGAUGCACCAGAUCCAGUCUCAACGUCAUCGCGGCAGAGAAAGGGGUCGUCGUUGGUAGGCUCAUUUUCAGCGAUAAUGGGGAUAUGAUUGACUGCACUAAGAUGGGCAUAGGGGGAAAAGCCAUCCCACCCAAUAUUAAUAGAGUUGGGGAUAUGCAGAGUGAUGCCAUGUUCAUACUUCUGGUUGAGAAGGAUGCUGCGUAUAUUAGAUUAGCAGAGGAUAGAUUCUACAACCGGUUUCCAUGUAUCAUUGUGACUGCCAAGGGACAGCCGGAUGUAGCAACCAGGCUGUUCUUAAGGAAGAUGAAGAUGGAAUUGAAGUUGCCGGUGCUGGCAUUGGUGGACAGUGACCCAUAUGGGUUGAAGAUUCUGUCAGUAUACGGUUGUGGAUCUAAGAAUAUGUCUUAUGAUAGUGCAAAUUUGACGACCCCGGAUAUCAAGUGGCUAGGAAUCAGGCCAAGUGACUUGGAUAAGUAUAAGAUACCCGAGCAAUGUAGGUUGCCAAUGACCGACCAGGAUAUUAAGACUGGAAAGGAUCUAUUAGAGGAAGACUUUGUGAAGAAGAACCCGGGCUGGGUUGAGGAGCUUAAUUUGAUGGUUAAGACAAAGAAGAAGGCUGAAAUUCAGGCGUUGAGCUCAUUUGGGUUUCAGUACUUGUCUGAGGUUUAUUUGCCCUUGAAGCUGCAGCAGCAAGAUUGGUUGUGAGAGUAUGAUCCCAUGCCUCCGCCGGGGACGUGUAUUUGUAAGUGGGUCCUUUCUUUUUCUUCUCUGUGUAUCAUAGCAGAGGGAAUUGUCAGGUGAUGCUACAAAGUGAGUAAUCUUCUGUUAUUCUUCUUAAUGAUAAAAAUGCUUGAAUUUCUU